UCGACGUCACUGCAAAUGUUUUGUUUUAUUUAGCGGGUUUUUUUUCGUGUUGUCUGAAAUCACCGGCACAGCCAUGAAGAUCCUUUGCGAGGUCCAGGUGGUGAACCGCACCACCCAGGCCAACCGGACGCCGCGACCGGUGAAGUCCACGCUGGCCAUUGGCUACAAGCAGAGCGCCAGGGACGCGAACGGGAACACCAAGAAGGAGCUGGAAAUGGUCCUCUUCAGCGGGCAAAACAAGACGGGCAACCGCUACAAGGUGAAGGACAACAUCCACGCCGUGCACACCAAGUUUGUGCUCGACGGCAAGGCCACCAUUGGCUUCCUACAGCCGCCGGACAACCUGCUGAUCAAGUGCGACCCCAUCCAGCUGAAGGGCUUCCUGCAGACCCUCAAACUGGGCAUGGACGGCAAGGAGGCCAUCAAUUUGAGACUGAACAUCGCCGCCGCCACGGCCAUUCCGCAGAAGGCGCAGCCCCAGGUGCGCAUGGUGGUCAGCAAGCGGAGCGAGUACCCCAUCAAGGGAUUCCCGCGCACCCUCAAGUCGCUGACCAUUAACAACAGCCAGCUGGUGAAGCUCAGCUUCGAAAUCUGCUCCCUGCGCAACCUAACGAAGCUGGAUGUCAGCGGCAACAAGCUGACCAAGAUUCCCCCUGAGCUGGGUCGCCUGGCCCUGACCACGCUGCACCUGGGCAGCAACUGCCUGGGUGAACUGAACGACUGGUGCUGGCUGCGGGGCAGCAGGCUCAGUCAGACCCUCGGCGAGCUGGAUCUCUCGAGCAACGGACUGACCCACUUCCCACCGCCGCUGGUAAAGUUCGAGCGCCUGGUCUCGCUGAACCUCAAUCACAACCUGCUGACUCGUCUGCCCUUCGCCAUCCGGCGGCUGCAGGCUCUGCGAAAACUGCACGUGUGCAGCAACAAACUCGAGUCCCUGCCCGCUGCCAUCGAGGAUCUACACAUCGACCUGUUGGACGUGUGGGGUAAUUGCUUCAAGUCCUUCAAUGCAGAGGCCGAUCAGCAGUUGUCGCGGCAAAAGGCGACCGCCAACUCCCCGCAUCCCCUGUGGCUCCAGGCCGCCCGCGCCGUGGACAACUAUAAGCUUCCAUUGCCGGCGGCCUCCGUGCCCUCCAUUCUCAUCGAACUGGUCUGCGAGGCACCCAAGUGCCUGUGCGGCAAGCUCUGCUUCGCCCUGAGCAAGGAGGAUAUUUUCCAGCGAGUCACCCUGCCGAAAUUCACCAACAUCAAGAACCUCACCUACAGUCGCGAGCACCAGAUCUACGCGGAUGUAGUCCUUUGCAGCCCCGUCUGCAGUGUAUCAGUGCACCGGUGCAUCGGUAUUUUCAGCAUUAAGCUUUGAUUGACUGAUUCAGCGGCACUUAUUUUUAGCUCUAAGUCAAGUUACGCCAACGAUUUAUUUAUAUUAUAAGCGUGUCCGUCUUACUGGGUUACCAAAAGGCGAAGAAGCUCUUAUUUAUGUAUACAAAUAUUUAUAUUUCUGAAAACUGGCCAUGUUUCACCUUAUACAAUUAUUUUUCCAAUUUUCUAUACAUAGGUACAUUAUUUUGUUGAACUGAAACUGCCAAUAAAAGCGAAUUUACAAUUAAAUUAGACAAUAAGUGUUUAAAAAUUUGUUUAUGAA